AUGAGUGAUGCCCACGUGGGCCCUGGAAUUCCUUACGGGAGACAGUAUGACAAGACUUGGCUACUGGAUUCCAUCCAGAGCCAUUGCAAUGUUCCCUUCACCCCGGUUGAUUUCCACUACGUGAAAAUGCAGGCCCAGUUCUUUGUCCAGGAUGCUAGCACUGCAUCUGCGUUGAGGAAUGUCAGCUCCAUGAUUCGUGAUGAAGAGAACCGAAAGAUACGUAUUUUUGUCAAUCACUCUACUGUACCCCACUCUGUGCAAAAUAAGUUGACACCAGAACAAAUGGAGCAGCUAAAGCUGACCAUGAACAAACGAUAUGAUUACUUUCACCAAGCUCUUGACCUCCAGAGCUUCCGCUUUGACCCAGACUUAGUAGGCCAUAAUAUUGACAUGAUCCUGAAUAGAAGAAACUGCAUGGGUGCCACUCUGAAGAUCAUUGAAGAGAAUUUUUCUGAGCUGUUGUCCUUGAACUUGCGUAGCAACAAACUCUACCAGCUGGAUGGCCUGUCUGACAUUGUACAGAAGGCCCCCAAAAUCAAGAUCCUGAACCUCUCCAACAAUGAGCUGAAGUCAGCCUGGGAGUUGGAAAAGAUAAAAGGGCUGAAGCUCGAAGAGCUGUGGCUAGAAGGAAACCCACUGUGUGACAACUUCUCAAAACAGUCUACCUAUGUGAGGUCAGUGGUAACCACGGUCAAUCCUUCUGAGGACCUUCACUCCCUGGAUGGCCACGAGUUACCCCCACCCAUUAUCUUUGGAAUUGUAGCUUAUAGGAAAUUACCAGUCUGCAAGGGAAGUGUCUUUGGAUCUGAGACCCUGAAGAAUUCAGUCAUGCAAUUCCUGGAGCAGUAUUACCGGAUCUAUGACUAUGGGGACCGGCAGAGUCUUCUGGGUGCUUACCAUGAUGAGGCCUGCUUCUCGCUGACCAUUCUUUUCAACCCUAAGGACCUGAUUCCAAGCUGGUUGCACGAGUACUUCAGGGAUAGCAGGAAUAUAAAGAAACUGAAGGACCCCGUCCUGUGGAUUCAGUUGCUGAAACACACAAAAUAUGAUGUUGUUAACUCCCUCCGUGUGUUGCCCAGAACCCAGCAUGACAUCAGCUCCUUCGUGGUGGACAUUUGUGUCCACACGGUGAGCACCUGCUUCCUCCCUGAGGCUGGCCCAGAGGGCAGAGUGGGCAGUUGUCCCUGUCUGGCCCCCUUCAGGGUGCCACAGGAGUAUCAGUGGAAGGACCGUUUCAGGCUCAUGUUCGUGCCUUCACCCGGAUCUUCAUCGGAGCAGGAUCCUUGUUGGGGAUGUGGGAUUGUCCGUCUGUCCAGCUGUCUGAGGGCCCAUUCUUCCUCCAGCCUAUGCAUCGUGAACGACCAACUGUGUGUGGGGGACCUUGGCCUCAUGGGGACUCGGGGUGCCUUCUCCACACCAGUGUCCACACCGUUCUCCAGUUCCAUGCCCACCUUCUACCAGGAGCAGCAGCAAAUGGUGCCAGCGUUCUCUACCCAGUCUGGGAUGUACCUUGGGUGGCCUCAGAGGUGAGUGCUGGGAGUGGGUGGGGAUGGGGUGAGCUGGGAGGAGCUGGGGACUGAAUGAUGGGAACUCACAGGUAAUGCUUUUUGCUUCAUUACUUCACUCAUUGUCACAAGGAACAUCUCUGCUUCUCAGUACGUACUACACCAUCUAGUUUUUUGAACAGGUGCACGGCACUUUCUGAGUUCCAUGGACCCUGUUCCUUUACUGACAGGCACUGGGGUUUCCAGGCGUUCUCCCCCUUACACCCCACACCACAGUGCUCAUUCUGCUGCUUAUGUCACAAAAACCAUGUUUCUGACACAUAGAUUAGGACCUGGGGUUGUGUGGUUAGCGUCUCCACUUUGGCCCUGAUGGGUGUCACCCAUUCCUUCUCCACCCCAGGUACCUUUAUAGCAACAACUGGGAUUACACCAGAGCCUCAAAGAUUUUCGUUCUGUCCACGGUAAGGUCUGGAAAUUUGGGCCAAGUGAGUGGAGGCCGGGUGGCCUAGGGAUGACACUCAGGGCUCCUGGCUCUGAGGCCCCACGUCCUCCCUUCCCUCCCUCCAGCCUAGGUUCUAGAUCCCAGAAGACACAUUCAUGACGUAUUCCAUGGUUCUGACGACGAAAACUCCAAAGGAGCCACGGUUCUGAUCAUCUUUGUCAUCCUUGUUGUUCUCCCUUUUUUCUCUGGCCUGUGACUGAGGUGAGAGGCCCUGCGUGGCCCAGGAAGCUAAGGCUGACCUCGUGGGGCUGACACUCUUUCACCCAAAGGGCCAUUGUUCAGUUUAAUUGUCCCACCCAGUUUCUCUGGUUCUUUUAGAAAUAAAG